UACAUUAAAAGAAACAAAUUAGAACUGACGGGAAAAUGUUUGUCUCGUUUUUUUUUAUUUAUUUACUUAUUGCAUAGCUGUCGACCCAGUCGAGGCUACAGAGCCUCAACUUCUCGAGAGCGCAACAAAUAUUUAACCGCGUUUUACUUUUCCAUUGAGCAACGUUCAAAGCUCGAGCCUUCAGAGGCGAGAAAAAGGGGAACCCUAAUUCACGUCACCGAAAGCUGCAUGUGGCCAUUCGGUGGCUUCGCGGCACCGGCGGCAAUGCCGAACGAAGGAGUUCCGGCAGGGAACAUCAAUUUCGUCCAACCCCAGUUCGGCUUCGGACUAGGCCCCUUCGGCAUGGGACACGGCAUCUUGCAGGCGGACACUGGAGACAACAUCUGGGCGAUGUUCGCGUUGGGCAGAGGUCAAUCGGCCCCAACCAGCGGCCGGAACAGCCAGGUGGGACACAACUUACGCCCGCCGGAUUGGAGUAAGGUUGACCUGCCGACAUGCCACAAGGAUCUAUACACCGAACACUUCAGGACGGCCCUUCGAUCGACCGGAGAAGUGGAGGCCUACCGGAAGGCAAACGAGAUCACUGUCGCGGGACGCGGGGUGCCCAAGCCGAUCCUCCACGUCGACGAAGCUGGCUUCCCCGACGUUAUCAAGAAAGUCGUCGAGGCCCGCAACUCUGGCUCGUCGCCGACCGCGCUGCAAGCUCAGUGCUGGCCCGCAGCCCUCAGCGGCCGAGACCUCGAGGUCGUCGUUAGCGCCGCGUCGGAAGGGACGUCGCUGGCCUACCUCGUCCCGGCCAUCGUCCACAUACAGCACCAGCCCGCCGUGCUGCGCGGCGGUGCACCUGUAGUGCUGGUGCUGACAGCGACGCGGGAGCUGGCCCGUGAGGUUAGCACCACUGCCCAAGAGCUUAGCGGGAGUUCGGGAAUGCGGACGGCGUGUCUGGUGUCCGGCAGUCCGAAGCAACCGCAGCUGAGGCAGCUGGAGGGAGGCGCCGAGAUCUGCAUCGCGACGCCGGGCCGUCUCGUGUCCUUCAUGGAAGAGGUCAAGGUGAACUUGCGCCACUGCACGUACCUGGUGCUGGACGACGCGGACCGCAUGGUGACGAUGGGCUUCGGCAAGCAGCUUCGGACCAUCGCGAAGAACACCCGACCGGACCGCCAGACGAUCGUGUGCCUCGGAUGCCGCACAUUCGAGACGCGUCAACUCGUCGAGGAGUUGGCGAAGGACCACGUCACCGUCAGCGUCGGGACCCACGAGCACGAUAACCGGCGAGUAAAGCACGUGGUCCGUAUUUGCGAGGAGGCCGAGAAGGAGGAAGAGCUCGUCGCUCUCCUGAAGGACAUGCUCGAGGAAGAGAGUGACAAGGCCGUAGUCUUCGUCGAAAGGAAGGACACGGUGGAAGACCUCAGUUCGAGCUUGCGCCUCCGAGGUUGGCCCGUCGUCGGCAUCCACGGCAGCAAGACCGACCGAGAAAAGGAGAUGGCCCUGAGCGCCCUGCGGUUCGGGAAGGCGCUCGUCUUGGUGGCGACAGACGUGGCGUCGAGGAAUGUGCGAGUGGACAACGUGCGCAUCGUCGUCAGCUACGACUACCCGAGCAACCCGGGCGAGUAUCCGCGCCGCUUCGAGCGUGCGGCUAGGCCCGACGGUACGGGUGUGAAGUACACGUUCCUGAAUCCCAACGAAAGCGCACACGCCAGGGAGCUGAUGUGGUUUCUCCGAGAGGCCAAGCAGCCGAUACCGGCGCAGCUGCGUAAGGUGGCGAAUCGACGCGAAAGUAGGCUGCGCACUGUAUAGCAGUCUUCGACGUGCUCGUAUACAGCUGCAGGAAAUCUUGGGGAAAUCGCGACUCGCCACCGAUAACGUCUGGCCGACCGUAAUGACCGCGAAAGAGUGAUCCGCACGUUGACAACUGGCGUGCACUGAUUAUAGCUCGAGCCAUGCGUAGGAUCAUGCAGGCAAUAAAACUAAAU